AUGAAGCUCUCCGGAAGCAUCGCCUCCUGGCUGCUGUUCGCCCGUCUCAUGCAGCUUUUGGCUUCUCUGGCUGCCGUCAUUCUUGGCGGGCUCCUGCUCGUCUGGGCCGACGGCCUGUCGACAGAAACUGGCUCUGAUGUUUCGGGUCGCGCCUUGGUCAUCACUCGGCGCAUCUUCUUUGUCUGUUCUGAAGGUAUCGCCUCUGUGCUCCUCAUUUAUGUCGCCGCCUCCUGUGUCCUCAUCCUGCGGUCCUAUCGCCAGGUCGGAUCAAGACUGCGGCUGUGUCUGGCCGCUUCAGUAGGCGGCGAUGUGUUGAUGAGCGGCCUCGAUCUGGCCGUGGCCACUCUGCUGGCAGCCGGAGGUACUACAUCCCAGCUGGGGAACUGUCCCGUGGUCGAUCGGCGGCUGUGUCUCCUCCAGCAGUCGUUCUACUGGGUAGCCAUUGCCAUCAUCUUCACCUAUUUGGCCACCAUUACUUUGACCUCCCUGCAGAUCUAUAAGCUGGUCAGACAUCGUCAGGAAGGGUCGUCAAGCCGUGACCAGCCUGAAAGUCCAUUGUUAGGCCCCAUUCCAGCAGCUCCGCUCAGACCAGAGAAUGAAGAGCUCGUUGCCCCAUCACCAUCACCGGAAGCCACUUCGGUCCCUGAACCUUCCGAGCUUCCUCCUUCUGCAGAAGGCGUCAGUGCACCCCCACCAGGAAAGCAGCAGAUCCAGCUCCAAGUGGCCCCAUACCACAUUUCCGACGUUGCUGCCGCUGCCACAAUAAUGGAUGGCUCCCGAUUUCAGUCCGGCCACGUCCAGCUACACAACUCCACGUCCACCUUGCCGUCGUACUCUCCAAGAGAGGACGGAGGUGGAGGCAAUGACACGAGCAACAGAAACAACAGAGACAACAGCGACAAUAAUGACAACAAUCACAGUCUCGGAGGUUGCCGGCUUAGCCAAUCAUAA